UGGUAAGUCCUGUCUAUACCUGAACAUUCAGACAACAUGUCAAAUAUUUGCUUCAAAAAGGGCGACCUGGUCUGCAGGAAUAAUCUAGUUGAACAGACGGUUUGGGGAAAGGAUGUCCAACAUUAAGGUCGUUACCACUGGUAGCCUCAUCAAAAAGGACCUUAAAGAUGCUUAUUAUUUGCCGUAUUGGCCCUCCUCGCACUUACCAGGGUAUAAAUUUAACAACGACAAGAAAUAUCGUGUGUUUGACUGCCCUCCGCCUUCCGAAGCCUUCAUGCACUUUAUUUUUCCCUUCCGUAACGUCCCUACGGCGGGAGAUGAGGUGCCCAUAUUGUUGGACCAACAGCCUCCGUCGUUUUUGAGACAUCAUUGGAAGAAAUGGCUUCCUGAUUUCCCUACUGCAGAUAUCAAAACCAUCGACGAGGGGCUUCAAGAUCAUGUACCGAUCGUAACCACCGGAUCAAUGCAAGUUAUUCCAGAUAACAAACAUAGCGUUGACCCAGAUGUCCUCUAUAGAGUACAGUUGAAGAGCAGUAUCCCCGAGGUUGGUGUGACGUGCCCGAAACACUUUAUGAACGUGAAUGCAGUCUCUUUCCCCUGUUUGGUCAAAGUAGAUAUGAGCUGGUCUGGACGCGGGAAUCAACUUGCCAAGUACAGUAUUUGUAUAUCAAAUCCAAUAGAUGCUGAACUCCCCAAGUUCUUUUCUUACCCUCCAUCCAUCAAGGUCCCCGAACUAUUCAUUGCUGUCGAAAACAUUGCUUCGGUGAAAGGCGGCAUAGAUGCAAAGUGUGUCGCUGAAAUAUAGUUGCAAAUCACCUCACAAAUGCAGCGGCUAGUAGACUGCUCACAAAUUUACGAAAAAAGAUAGCGGAUGAAGUCUUCUCUCACCUUUAUUCUGAAGAGCAGGACACCAAUUUAAAUACUGAUGCCCAUAUUGAAAGUUGGUUUACAUGACAGUGAGGACGAUGUCAAUGAUGAUACUGAUGAAAAUGAAUACAGCGAUGGUGACGAUGGUGCUGGCACUGAUGAAGGUGGCGAGAGUGAGGAGGAAGACUUUUAAUGGACUGCUGAUGUAGCUAUAUCACCGCUUUCAUUAUUAAUAUAUAUUAUAGACAUUUAUUUUUACACAUUCAUAGCACAUUGUUCCUGUUUUAAUUUCUAUAUCGACUGAAAUAAAGAUUUAUUAAGGAAAA